AGAAUGAUUAAUUUGCCCACUGUAUAUGUGUGGCAUAGAAUGGUUAGUUUGACCAUUGUGCAUGCAUGUACAUUUUGAGUGGCGACACGAUGUCGCUAACGGUGGUUUUCAGAACGCACAACAGCUAAGGAAAAGAGACAUCCUCUGCUGUUGAGUAAGGUCUGUUCGUAGGGGCGUAGAAAAGAGAUAGCAUUAUGAUCUGCAAAACUUGUGAAAUAACUUGGAAUGUGCGUAGUGAGUUCAGUUACGAUCACGCCACUGAAACGAACAGAACUUGCUGCGUCCGAAAAAUGGAAAUAAAUGAGCCAUCUCCGACAUCAGAAGUGGGAUCUGCUUUGCCUACUGAUCCACAUUUGUUAGCAUUGGAACUGCAAAAUCGCAACCUGAUGGAAAUAAUUAAAAACAUGCAGACUCCAAAGGCGCCGCAAUCCGAUGGUAAAGCUUCACACAAUACCUUACCAAAAUUUAACCCUGACGUGGCUGGAGUGGAGCCCUCAUCUUGGUGCAGCACGGUGGACCUUAUAUUUGCUGAUAACGUUCUCCAAGGUAGCAAUCUGGUGAUAGCACUAAGUAAAGCACUAGAAGGCACCGCAUCACAGUGGCUUUCACAAAUAUGCUUUGCCGGCAUCACUUGGGAGCAGUUCAGGGAACUGUUUCUUCAGCGUUUUGUUGGAAUUGAAACCUCUGCUGGCAUGGUUCUCAAUGUAUUGAAGGGUCGACCGAAACCAGAAGAAGGCUUUGCUGAAUACGGCAGCCGGAUUGUCACGAUGCUUAUGUCUAAAUGGAAAGCCAAGGAUUUAGAAGAAAUAGCUGUGUCUGUAACUUUGGCUCACAUGGCUCAAGUUGACAGCAAGUUGGCGCGCUGGAUUUUUACCACCAAUGUAAAAACUCGCAAUGAGCUACAACAACAGUUGCAGGCACACUCCUUCAUGAAGCGUAGCCUAGAAGACGAUGCAACUGGCUCGGAUCGCAAAAAGUUCAAAUCUCCGUCCCUGGUGAAAUGCAACUACUGCGGAAAGGUUGGGCAUAAGUAUGCCUAAUGUCGGGCACGUUUGCAGCAGGGCCAGAGUAAAGGCAAAACCUACAGCGGCACAAAUACGACGGGUGUGAAAGAUCGAUCUGGUGUCAAAUGCUUCAAAUGUGGCGAAAUUGGGCACUUUGCAUCCGCAUGUCCUAAAGUCCGAUCAGGUGGAUGCGAAAGAAUUUUUGAGAAGCGAGUGGAUAUCUGCGCAGUAGCUCCACCCUCUGGAACAAUAAAGGCAUCCGGUGAGUCUGUUCCAUUUUGUUUCGAUUCCGGUGCAGAAUGCUCACUGGUCAAGGAAAGUGUCGCCCAUAAAUUUAAAGGGAAAAGAGUUAAUAAUGUUGUAAAACUGAAUGGCAUAAGUAACGAUGCAAUUUAUAGCACUCAACAAGUUUUAUGCAAAAUAAAUAUUGAACAAUACUGUUUUGAGAUUUUGUUACACGUAAUUUUAGACAAGUAUUUGAAAUACGAUGUGUUAGUUGGUCGAGAGAUUCUUAGCCAAGGCUUUGGCGUGAUGAUAGACGCUGAUAAAUUUCAAAUUUAUAAAACGAAAAUGAUAGAUAAGGUGACUUUAACUGAUUACGAGGAUAUUAUAAGUUCUGAUACAGAUUUAGUUGAUUCCGAUAAAAUUGUCUUAACAAAUAUCCUAAAAUGCUACUCUGACUGGUUCAUUAGUGGAAUACCAAAAACUCGAGUCUCGACAGGGCUGUUGGAAAUAAAGUUAAUAGAUCCACAAAAGACAGUGCAACGACGUCCCUAUAGGCUUGGCGAGGAAGAGAAAAACCUGGUGCGUUGUAAAAUCGAUGAGUUGUUAAAAGCAAAUAUUAUCCGUCCAAGUUGCUCACCUUUCGCCAGCCCAAUGAUGUUAGUGAAAAAGAAAAAUGGCACUGAUCGUCUUUGUGUGGACUACAGGAUGUUAAAUGAUAAUACCAUUGCUGAUGGGUAUCCAUUGCCUCUUAUCGCAGACCAAAUUGCCCGGCUUCGCGGUGCAAAAUAUUUCUCGUGCUUAGAUAUGGCUAGUGGUUUUUACCAAAUUCCAGUACACGAAAAUUCAAUUGAACGAACCGCGUUUGUGACUCCAGAGGGCCAGUACGAGUUUUUGACCAUGCCUUUUGGCUUGAAAAAUGCUCCUUCUGUUUUUCAGAGGGCCAUAACAAGAGCAUUGGGAUCACUGGCACACUCAUGCGCUGUCGUUUACAUUGAUGACGUGUUGGUUAUAGCCGAAACUAAAGAAGAAGGUUUAGAACGGUUGCGUAUUGUAUUAGAAACAUUGAGUAAA